AUCAAAAUGGACUUCUUUGAGCUGCUGGCUAAUCACCACCUGGACAGUCAGUCUCGCUGGAGCAAAGUGAAGGACAAAGUAGAGACUGACCCCCGGUACAAAGCCGUGGAUAGCUCUUCCCAGAGGGAGGACCUCUUCAAACAGUACAUAGAGAAAAUCGCCAAGAAUUUAGAUUCUGAAAAAGAGAAGGAGUUGGAAAGACAAGCUCGCAUUGAGGCGAGUUUGCGUGAGCGAGAAAGGGAAGUGCAGAAAGCGCGUUCGGAGCAAACCAAGGAGAUUGACAGGGAACGUGAGCAGCACAAACGGGAAGAAGCUAUACAGAACUUCAAAGCGCUUCUCUCUGACAUGGUGCGUUCUUCAGAUGUGUCAUGGUCUGACACCAGGAGGACUCUACGCAAAGAUCAUCGAUGGGAGUCUGGCUCCUUGCUAGAAAGAGAAGAGAAAGAGAAGCUCUUUAAUGAACACAUCGAAGCACUUACCAAAAAGAAGAGGGAACACUUCAGGCAGCUUCUGGAUGAAACUUCAGCGAUAACUUUAACAUCAACAUGGAAAGAAGUGAAAAAAAUCAUUAAAGAAGACCCAAGGUGCAUUAAAUUUUCUUCAAGUGACAGGAAAAAACAAAGGGAGUUUGAGGAAUACAUAAGAGACAAAUACAUUACUGCCAAAGCUGACUUCCGAACGCUAUUGAAAGAGACCAAAUUCAUAACGUACAGAUCCAAAAAGUUGAUCCAGGAGUCAGAUCAGCACCUGAAGGACGUAGAGAAGAUCUUACAGAACGACAAGCGGUACCUGGUACUUGACUGCGUGCCGGAGGAGAGGCGCAAGCUCAUCGUGUCCUACGUAGAUGACCUGGACCGCCGGGGGCCGCCUCCGCCACCCACAGCGUCAGAGCCUACGAGACGAACAACAAAAUAGUUACGAAAUACCCUUAAGCCAAGGGUAUCUGUUAAAUCAAAAAGCUUGCAUGAGCCAUCUGUCAGGUCUAUACAUAUACAUUACCGUGAAUAUAUUUCAAAACCACCUGAGGAGCAGAGGAAGAAGCAGCAUUUGUGAACAUAAAAGUGGUCUCUG